AUGGCUGAUACUGGAAGUCCCGUGGGUAAAUAUGGUAAUAAAUGGCAGUUAGCAUUGGCAGUCGGGCUUCCAGUUGCUGUCGGUGUGGGUUACUGGUACUUAAACAAUAAAAAUAAAAAAAGAAAAGUCAAAGAAUCAGAUAGAAAGAUUGUAGGAAAAUUACGAGACACGGUUAUAGAUACCGACAAGUCUGCUAAAAGAGCUGGAGAACCUAUAGCAAAGACACCCCUGGAAUUAGCAACUGCACUUAAAGAAGAAGGCAACAAACAUUUUAAAAAUUCACAAUUUGAAGAAGCUAUUUCCAGUUAUGAAAAAGCUAUUGAAAUAUGCCCUGAAAAAGAGACCAUUAGUUUGGCUACAUUUUACCAGAAUAAAGCAGCAGCUUAUGAGCAAUUGCAAAAGUAUGAAGAUGUAAAAGAGGCAUGCACCAAAGCUUUAUCAUAUAAUCCUGUUUAUACUAAAGCACUUACAAGAAGAGCUAAAGCUUGUGAGCAUUUAAAGGACUUAACACAAGCUCUUGAAGAUGUGACUGCUGCUUGCAUAUUAGAAAGUUUUCAGUCUCAAUCAACUUUACUAUCAGCUGAUAGAAUUCUUAAAGAAUUAGGUCGGCAACAUGCCAAAGAAGCCAUGGCAAAAAGAGUACCUGUCAUGCCUUCAGAAAUUGUUAUUAAAACUUAUUUCUCAACCUUUGCAAAUGAUCCUAUUAACUCAUUUUUGUCUAAAACUGAUGGAGAUAACUCUAAAGGAUACCUCAAAGCAGUUGAAUGCUUUAAAAACAGAAAUUAUGAAUUAGUCAUACCUGCUUGUACGGAAGAAAUUAAUUUUACCGAAGCAGAGGCAUUAUUUAAAAAUGAAGCUUUGGUUCUUAGGGCAACUUUUUACCUUUUUACUGGAGAAAAUCAUUUAGCAUUAUCUGACUUGGACAUGGUAAUUAAUAACAAAGAGGCUUGUGCGAGAAUAAAAUCAAAUGCAUUAAUUAAAAGAGCAUCAAUACAUAUGCAAUUAGAAGACUUUACAGCUUGUACAAAUGAUUUUAAUUUUGCUGUCGCAACUGAUGAAGAAAAUUCUGAUAUUUACCAUCAUAGGGGUCAGAUAAAUUUACUUUUGGAAAAAGUAAAAGAAGCUUCUGAAGAUUUCAAUUUAUCUGUAGCCCUCAACCCUAAAAAUCCUGUGUCAGUGGUUCAAAAAUGUUUUACAGAUUAUCGAAUGGCACUAUUAAACAAAGAUAUUAAUUCCAUUAACAACAUGAUGAAAAAAUUUGAUGAUAUAUUAAACGAAUAUCCAGACUGUACAGAAUGUUAUGCUGUUUAUGCUCAAGUAUUAACUGACCAACAAGAAUUUGCUAAAGCCGAUGAACUAUUGCAAAAGGCGAUAAAAGUGGAUCCUAAUAAUGCAGCACUCUUGGUUAGGCGUGCCAUGCUUGUUUUACAAUGGACAGCCGAUAUAGAGACUGCUGUUAAGUACAUUAAAGAAGCUUUGGAAAUCGAUGAAAAAUGCGAAUUUGCUUAUGAAACCUUAGGCACUAUCGAAGUACAAAGGGGAAAUUUAGUAAAAGCAAUAAAAAUGUUUGAUAAAGCUAUAGCAUUGACAAAAACCGAAUUAGAAAUGUCUCACAUAUUUUCAUUAAAAGAUGCUGCCAAGGCACAGAAAACGUAUAAAGAAUAUUGGGCAUUUUUAAUUAUGACUCAAAAAUUUGAGCUUAUGUAG